GCGAGCUGGGGGAAAGAAGGUUGAGGAUCCAGGUUGCUCACAUUCCAAGAGGUAAACUGCUAUUUCUGACCGAGGGACAGCGGGGCCGGGCAGCUCUCAGACGGCAGCGAACACCAACAGCAGAGCCAUGUUUCAAAGCACUACCAAGAAAAUUGUGAGCGAGAUUGACCCUGAAGGCAGCGCAUUGUUUCCUGUGAAAAGCCCGCUUGAUUCUCCAAAAUGCAAACCACUUCACCUAGUCAUCAAAAAGAAGAAAAAAAUAUUUUCCAAAAGAGAAAAUUAUGUUCCCACUCCCUUCACACUGACUGAUAUAUUGAUUGAUGGCCAAGAUAUAGAUUUUGGAUUGAGUAGCUCUAUCAUUGCCUGCUUCUCUGAGUCUUCCAGCACCUCGGUCGGUGCCCAAGCGGGUGUGGAUGUCGACUGUGUUGAUGUAGGAGCGCACGUCUCAGGAAAUUCCUCAGACGCCAUGUCAAGUGUGGAAAUGCGAAAGCACACAAUCUCUGAUCGCACGCUGCUGGAUGUUGUCAAAGACAGGAAAGUGAACAGAGAACAUCCGUUUGUGAAACACAUGAAGAAUAAUACGGUUUAUGUGAUACUGGAAGUGAUAGAGACGGAACAUGCAUGUUCUGUAAACAGCUCAGCUAAGGCUGAAACAGGAAUGAAAGUUCUAAUGAAACUUCUGAAGACUGAAGCUGAUCUCAGCGUGAGUAAAGAAAGGAAGUUAACUUUUCCAGCUGGAACAUCUAUUGCGUACAAGGUCUCUGAACUGAUGAUUAGUCCAACUGAUACUCUGGAAUUAAAUUGGGAUGUGCACUUCCAGGGUCCUGACGUGUCAACUUCUCCGCCAUCUUCAGGCUGUGACCAGAAGCCCCCACCUGCUGCUUCACUUGCCGUGCUGACGAACAUGUGUGCGGACAAGAAGACACUAUUCCUCAAUGUGAUCCUUGAAAUUCUUCGGCACAGUGAUAGCCUUGCAGUUCUUGAUGAAAUGCUGGACCAAAUUUUGGAUGGAGUGCAGCCUGACUUCCAAGUGCUGGAUCAGAUGGAGGAAGGUAAUAGGGCGUGCGUGGAGAAGAUGCUGGAUCUGUUGGGAAUUGAGAAGGAAAAUGCACCAGGAGAAACACUCGCUCUCACCGCAGAGUCCGAAGGGAUCAUCCGGGCGAUAAACACUCUCAUCCAAUCAUUCAGCGAGAUGGAUCCUGAAACUUUAAUCCUGUUGGCAAGCAGUGUUAAGGCAGAGAUUAUAUCCAAACAGCUAAAGCUGGUGACAAUAAUUGAUGACAAAUGGUCGGGGGCUCCUCAAUAUCAAUGUGACCCCCUGGAGGUUAAGGAAGACCCUGAGAAGGUUCUGAUCACUCAGCUCACUGACGAGGAGUUUGAAAUAACUCAGCGUGUGCUGGAAGAGUUUCGAUUUCAACUGAACAGAGAAAGUGCUUCGAUUUUGCACAUUAUGAACCGUAAACAAAGAGACAUACUUGCCCUCUUUGCUGCUCUGUACGCUCUCAAUGCGUUAAUGUGACUGAGCUGUUGUGUUGUGCGUCACACCCACUGUUCAUGGUUCUUCUCUGUCAUUAGUUCAUAAGGCGUUGGAGCAGAAUUAGGCCAUUCAGCCCAUUGAGUCUACUCCAUUCUCCUGCCAUCUCCCCACAACCGUAGCCCUUGCUAAUCAAAAAUCUGUCAAUCUCCACUUUAAAAUUAGCCAAAGACUAGGCCUCCACAGUUGUAUGUGGCAAUGAAUUCGAUAAAUUCAUCACUCUUUGGCUAAAGACGUUCCUCCUCAUUUCCAUUCUAAUGACAGGUCUCUCUCAAGGCCCACGGGGUGGCUGCCUGUACACCCCCAGUCUCCCCAUGUUAAAAGGUGUUACACACGGGCAUGUAUCUGAAGAAAUACACUACCCUUACUAAUCAAGAACCUGGCAAUCUCUGCAUUAAAAAUACACAAAGACUUGGGCGGCACACUCCCAAAUACAUACAGAUUUGUGGGUUAAUUGGUGUUGCAUAAAUGUAACUUGUCCCAAGUGUGUAUAGGAUAGUGUUAAUGUGUGGGGGUCGCUGGUUGGUACAGAGUCGGUGGGCCGAAGGGCCUGUUUCUGUGCUGUAUCUCUAAACUAAAAAUACUAAACUUGGUCUCCACCACCAUCCGUGGUAAUGCAUUCCACAGAUUCACCACCCUCUGAAUAAAGAAAUUCCUCCUCAUCUCCUUUCUAAAGGUAUGUCCUUUUAUUUUGAGGGUGCCCCCUCUGAUCCAAGACUCUUCCACUAGUGAAUACAUCCUCUCCACAUCUACUAUAUCCAGCACGGCUUUCCUUUCAUUUUUCUGUUACCUUAAAAUAUCAGAUUCAGAUUCAGAUUCAGAUUCAAUUUUAAUUGUCAUUGUCAGUGUACAGUACAGAGACAACGAAAUGCAUUAGUUCAUAAAUAUGGGAACAUUCUCCCUUGGUCUCUCUUUGGCUGUUUGUUGCUCAGUAAAACUCCAUGAAUCCGACACACUCGGGAAUUUGGUGGUUUUUCAGAUUUAUUCCAAUACUCAUUCAAUUCAUUAAAAAAAAUGUUGUGCA